GGUAUAUUAGUUGAGAGUUUGAAACACGCGGCGCGUCGAUCGUGUAGCAGUCGAAAUUAAAUGCACUCGCAAAGUCGCAACGCAACUGAAGUCUGAAAUCUGACUGAUUAAAGCAAAUCUUACUUGCUCUGGCAAGGUAAGUUACUAGAAUUAAGAAAAAAGUUUGAACGAUUAUACAAGUUUACGGUCGUUACACUUGGUAGCAGAGAAAUUGUUAUAGAUAUCGAAGAAUAAUGGGUACCAAGUCGAAAGGUUAUGAGGGGCAAGAGUGUCUGCAAGCCCUCUUGAUUGCUGACAAUUUCAACGACAAUUUGAGCUAUGCCAAUAACAUUUAUCCUGAUGCCUUAAUGCCAGUUGUUAAUACGCCAAUGUUAGAAUAUGCCUUGCAAACCUUGUGUACUUCAGGUGUGCAGGAAGUUUUUUUGUACUUCAGCAGACAAAUCGAUUACGUGAAGUCGUGUUUAAAACCGUUGAAGAAACAGUUUGGUGACUGGAUUAAAAUUACACCCAUUUUUUCGGAUGGCUGUCGUACAUUUGGUGAUGCAAUGAGGCAUAUUGAUACCAUAGGAUGCAUCAGAAAUGACUUUAUAUUGUUGAGAGGAUCUGCUUUUACCAAUGCUGAUUUGAAGGAUCUCAUGAAUGUACACAAGGCAAAAAAACGAGAGGACAAAAAUGCUGCCAUGACAAUGGUUCUAAAAGAUUUUGGCAAUUUGAAAGAUACUACAUUAAGACAUGAACGCCAUAUAUUAUACUCCAAUGACAAUACUAAGCAAGUGCUUCAAAUUAUAAAACAUCCGCCUGGAAGUAACAAUUUUCACAUGCCUCUUCAAUUUUUCUUAAGCAAUCAGUCGGUUACAAUAAAGUCUGAUGCAGUAGAUACUCAUGUGUACCUAUGUUCACAAUCAGUACUUUCAUUAUUUUCAGACAAUUUUGAUUUCCAGACAAUAGAAGAUUUCAUUCGAAUUAUUUUGAUUAAUGAAGAACUUUAUAAUACUAGAAUAUAUUGGCAGCCACUUCUACCCACAGAUUUUGCAUUGCCCAUUCAAUCUUGGAGAGCAUACAGAUUGUUGACAAAGUUUAUUUUGAGACGUCAUGGUCAUCCUUUAGCUCCAGAUUCUCGUCCUAAAUCUUUGCGCGAAUAUGUCUUUACAAAUGUGCUUGAUAUGUCAUACAAACAUCAUACUGCACUUUUAUCUAAUGGCGCUUCAAUCGGUAAAGAUUCAAUUAUAGGAGAAUCUAGUGAAUUAGGAGAAAAUUCUGCAGUUAACACUUCAGUUAUUGGUGCUAAUUGUGUUAUUGGCAAAAAAGUAUCUCUUGUAAAUACACUCGUUUUUUCUGGUGCAAAAAUUGGUGAUAGUUGUGUCAUUAAAAAUAGUAUUAUAUUUGAAAACUGCACAAUAUCCGCUCAAACAAAACUAACAAAUUGUAUCAUAAUGCCAAAUGUGAUGUUGAACAAAAUUGAAAAUUAUGAGAAUACUGUGCUAGAGGUAGCUUUAAACAAUCAGUUGUCAGAGAAGAAACUUGAAGAUUUAGAAAUUUACAAAAUUUUUUCCACGGAAAUCAGUUAUGAUGAAAAAUAUGAUGAUUUUGAGGAUCCUCACAAUGAUCAUUGUCAUUCUGAUACAUCUUCUACAAGAGCCUCUACACCUACUGCAAUACUGGAAGAUGAUGAUGAGAACUUCUUAUCGGAAGUUAUUGAGAGUUUACACAGAGGUUAUCAAGAUAAAUUGGAAUGUGGACCUUUAAUUAUAGAAAUUAAUUGUUCAAGGUUUGCUUAUGACAUCCCGCUGAAUCAAGUUUCAUACAACGUUAUGAAAGCUAUACUUAUUCUCCCUUUUUUACAAAAUGAAAAACAUCUGCCUUGUGCAAACAUCUACCGCUUUUACAAAAUGAAAAAGGAGGAAAUAAUGUCUAUAACAGCGGCAGAUUAUUUUAAAUUGCUAAAAAAAAUUUUGACAUACUUCAAACCGAUACUGGUGAACUAUGUAAAGCCUGAAAUAGGACAAGAAGAUUGUUUACAGGCAAUAGAAGAUUUUGUUUAUUCUAACAAAAAGUACAUAAUGCCAUACCUUAAAAAUUUAUUACAUUUAUUGUAUAACGACGACGUUUUAAGUGAGCAAGUAAUUUUGGAUUGGUAUGAGCAAGAAUACAAGUCCGAUUCUCCUAAUGCAGAAAAUACGUCUGAUAUUACAGAAAGUCCAGAGAAAAUUGCUAUUCAGCUGAGAAAAGAAAUAACUCCAUUUAUAACGUGGUUACAAGAAGCGGAAGAAGAUUCGUCGGACGAAGAUUCUUCUUAAUUAUUACAUUUUUGUACAGUGUACAUGUUUGAAAAAGAAUAAAAUUUAUACGCUUAUUUGGUAAAA